AGUCAAGUGAUCAAAUACUGUAUAUAUACUCUUGGGGAUGCUCAGAAGAAAUAGCACCACGCCAUUGAGCACCAUCCACUCAUUCAGAUAACCAACUACAUUCGUUUACAACUCUUCUGUAUCAUUUUAUGCUUCGGCUGGUUUUACUUAAAUCAUGCAUCUAAAGGGUACCAUUGUGUUGUACCUCUCCAGCGUAGCCUUGGCCUCUCCAGUGGCCUUACCGCAAGGCACAGGAACUGGCGCAGAUUCAUGUCGUGUUGAUGCAUUGGAGCCCAAGACAUGGACCGACUUGAAAAUCGACGAUUUUCUGGCGAAUGCUGCGAAGAACUACACCAGGACAACGAGCAAUAACGUUCAAUCUCUAGCCGCUUCCUUCGGUGCUCCUAACUUCUUCUGUGGUCUGGACAAAUUCUGCAAUGCUGGCCAACCAUGCUUGCCCAUUCAACCGCCUGCUUGGUAUGCUGCGCUGGCUAUUCAGAACUACAACAAUUGGAUGAACAGCCUCAAUACCGCUGUUGGCUUCGCCUCUUCAAUCAUCUCUUUGAGAUUGGGAUCGAUUGUCCAAGAUGUAUAUCCGGAUCCCAAAGAUGACAUCACGCCCUUGAAGAACAUUGGAUUCAUGGUCAGCAGUGUCCUAAGCGUAAUUCCGUUCACCGGUGCUCUGACCACAGUUUCAAGCGGUGUUAACACUGGCCUGGGAACUGCCCUGAGGCGUGCUGUACCACCUACUCCACCAGAUAGGUUUCUUGCAUGGAGCAAUCUUGGACAAACAAUGAGCGAUGUCCUGAGCGAUUUCCAGCGCAGCAUUUCGGAUUCCUUGGACAAAUCGCUCAAUGCAGUGGUUGACGAUCCAACGGAUGGAAUCAACGAACUUAUUAAAGGAGGUGCAUUCCUAGGUGUAAGCGAAAACUUCACACAAAGCGAUCUCCAAGACCUCGUUAGUGAAUCAAUUACCCGCAACGCAAUCGGCCUCGCCUUGCAAGCGCAGAAGAUUUUCGUUUUCCGCAACGGCAAGGUUGAAAACUGCCGAGAAGCAGAAGCGAACUGGCUGUGCACAGAUAACGGAGAUGGUACUUCUACUGUCCGCAUCUUGACACAAUUGGAUAGACAAGAAAAUGCAGUAAGCUUGGGUGAUCUCUGCGACACUUUGAUAUCAAAAUACGGAUUCACCAAGGAGGAAAUAAUGAAGGGCCCAACUGACUGCUUCGAUGCGAAUAACAAGCAGCAGUUGACCAACCCAUUUGAGAAUGGCUUACCGGCCGACCCGAAAGCUCCUUGCGUUUUCAACGUACUUACAUGCAAUGUUGACUCAUCUACUGGGGGAUCCAUCAGCGACAAAUGCCGUGCUCAAGGAUUGGAUAUUUAGGGAUCCAGGUAGCAAUUGGUAUGAGGUUACUGCUGGGUUGGGAUCUAUUCCUAGAAGGAAACUACUUUUUGUGUGUAACGAUAACGAAUGGAACAUUGUCUAUAC